UAAAAGGAGAAGAAAAAAAGGGGGGGAGGAAUAAAAAGAACGACAGGAAAAGCAGCAGCAGUAAGGAAGAGAAAAAAGAAGGAGGAAAAGGAGAAGAAGAAAGAAGAAGAGGAGGAGGAGGCCUUGGCUUGGAGCAACCACCAUUAAGGGAGGAAGGAGCCACCGCAGAAUAUCAAGAGGAGGAGGCAAAAUAAGACAUUAUUUUCAUUUAUAUAGAUAUUCUUUCCCCUCAGCCCAGGAAGGGCUGCUUUUGCCUCCUUGCAAAAGGUUUGACACCCUUUUUUGGAGAAAGAAAGAGAGAAGGAGAAGGAAGGCCGGGUGUGUGUGUGUUCCUUGCAAGGAGGAGGAAGGAAGGAAGGAAGAGGAAAAGAAAAAAGAGAGAGAAGGGGAGAAUAAUAUACAUUUUUAAAAGCAGCAAGCCCAGCAGAGAAGAGACACAGACAGUUCUAGAUCCUCUCCCUCCAGGAUUUGGGAAGGGUUUUUAUGACCAUUAUUUUCAUUUUCUCCUCCUCCUCCACUUCCACCACCUUCUUUCUGUUUUGGAGCCUUGGCUGCCUUGGAUCCGAAGGAGGAUUUAAAUAUAGAAAGGAAGAGGAAAGAGACGCCUUUUGAAUGUAAUUCCCCCCACCUUCUUCUCCCUUUCCUCCUCCUCCUUUCUACCAUCGAAGCUGGAGGUAUUUCGGGUGGAAACGGCACCCUAAUUUUGCCUUUUGACUGCAGGAUUUUGGGGGGGAAGGAGAAAAGGAGACCCCAGAAGAAGGAGCAAAAGAAGAAGAGGGAGGCUGGGUGUCAACCCUCUGCAUUGCAAGAAGAAAAAGGAAAAGGAGGAAAAAGAGGAGGAGGCCCAGCUUGAGCAAAGUCAUCCUUUCCCCCCUCCUUCAACCCCACCAUCUUCUUCUGUGAGUAAAAAAGAAAAGACCUAUAAAGAAAUAGGGGGGGAAGGAGUAAAAGGCUUCCUCUCCCCCCCAUAGAAACUUCUUGCUUCCUGCUCCUCCUCUUGGUGGGUCUCCCAUCUCUUUCUCCUUCCCAGGCUUCCCCUCCUUAGCCUCCCCUUUCCCCUUCCCCUUUUCCCCAACCAAAAGUGAAAAAUGGGCUGCUUAGGGAACAGCAAGACUGAGGAUCAGCGCAAUGAGGAGAAGGCGCAGAGGGAGGCCAACAAGAAAAUCGAGAAGCAGCUGCAGAAGGACAAGCAAGUCUAUAGGGCCACCCAUAGGCUCCUAUUGCUGGGUGCUGGUGAAUCUGGUAAAAGCACAAUUGUCAAACAAAUGCGAAUCUUGCAUGUGAAUGGAUUUAAUGCAGAGGAGAAAAAAAUGAAAAUUCAGGAUAUUAAAAACAAUAUUAAGGAAGCUAUAGAGACGAUAGUCACAGCAAUGGGAAACCUGGCACCUCCAGUUGAGCUAGCCAAUCCAGAGAAUCAGUUCCGAAUCGAUUAUAUAUUAAACUUAGCAAGCCAGAUAGAUUUCGACUUCCCACCAGAGUUCUAUGAACAUACAAAAACACUUUGGCAAGAUGAAGGUGUAAAAGCUUGCUAUGAGCGAUCUAAUGAGUAUCAGUUGAUUGAUUGUGCACAGUAUUUUCUAGACAAAAUUGACAUAGUCAAGCAAAAUGAAUACACACCUUCUGACCAGGACCUUCUCAGAUGCAGAGUUCUGACAUCAGGAAUAUUUGAAACCAAGUUUCAGGUGGACAAAGUCAAUUUCCAUAUGUUUGAUGUUGGUGGGCAAAGAGAUGAACGCCGAAAAUGGAUCCAGUGUUUUAAUGAUGUGACUGCUAUUAUAUUUGUGGUGGCCAGCAGUAGCUACAACAUGGUUAUACGAGAGGACAAUCAGACCAACCGGCUUCAAGAAGCAUUAAACCUUUUCAAGAGUAUCUGGAACAACAGGUGGCUACGGACCAUUUCAGUAAUUCUUUUCCUAAACAAACAAGAUUUGCUAGCAGAGAAAGUUUUGGCAGGGAAAUCUAAAAUUGAAGACUACUUUCCAGAAUUUGCUCGCUAUACCACACCAGAAGAUGCAGCAACACCGGAACCUGGUGAGGAUCCUAGAGUUACAAGGGCCAAGUAUUUUAUUAGAGAUGAAUUUCUUAGAAUCAGCACAGCAAGUGGAGAUGGAAGGCACUACUGCUAUCCUCACUUCACUUGUGCAGUGGAUACAGAAAACAUUCGGAGGGUUUUCAAUGACUGUCGGGACAUUAUUCAGCGGAUGCACCUUCGUCAGUAUGAGUUGUUGUGAUGGAGAGCAUUUCUCUGUUUUGGACUCCUUAUUCCUUAUUAAAAAGAAAAAAAAACCUGAUCCACAUAGAGUGGAAGAGAACUAUUGCAAUCUCCCUCUGAUUUGCAUCCCUCAACCUUUUCUCCUUGCUGGACAAAUAGCAGCACUUCUAAGCUUGCUUGUUUCACCCCCUUGGAACAGUUUAAGGUGGCCCAUGCAAUGUAAAGGGCCAUUUCUGCAAGCAGGGGGAGGGUGUCUCUUAACACUGUCAUUAACAAACAAACAAAAAUUAAUAACGCCCUGAAAAUGGAGCAUCUGAGAGGAUUUGGGAGUAAAAGUUAAAUAUUAAAAACCCAACAAAGAAAAUGGGAGAGACAAUGUUAGGUAAUUAGCACUGUUGUGGGCAUAAAUCAUAUAUCCCAUGAUUUCAACUUUUUAUCCAUUCACUGCAUCAGACUAAAGAAGGUGCCGAGUCACAGACCAAGUUGAAAGGACAGGCGCUUGAGUUUGGUUCUCUGCCUCUGAAUGUGACUUUUGAGUGGAAAUACUGACAAUUCUACAACAAACCUAGACAGUACAAAACCAACUGCUACCAACAAGGGUGUUGUUGAGCCUUGGCGGUCUUAAGAUGACCAGGGAUGUUGCGAAAUGAACUGCAUUAUGGCUUGUGAUUGCAGAAAGAGUUAACCACACACUGUUUUCAGUUUGUCCACUGAUUAUCCUGUCUCAUAUAUAUAUAUAUAUACACACACACACACAUACACGCAUAUAUAUAUAUAUAUAUAUAUAUUAUAUACACAUAUAUACAUAUAUGUAUGUAUGUGUAUGUAUGUGUGUAUGUAUAUAUAAUCAUUAUCUGGACUGUAGUCCUCACAAUCUUCCCUUCUUUCUCGUUUCUUUCCUCCCUCCUAUUCCCCCUUCCUACUCCCACACCUCUUUUCCCCCCAAUUUUUAUUUUACUGCUGGAUUAUUAUUCUUGUACAGACUGUAAAAUGUAUUAUUUUGUACAACUUUAUUGAAAAAAAAUAACUUGUAGAAGAUCUUUGUGCCUUGAUUAUGGCUGUACCUGUGCAAUGAGCUAAGAUGUAAGUAUGUUUGAUUGCGCUGUACAGCUUUGUCAACCCUAUCAGCAGCAUUCGCUCAGGGUAGGGAAAAUUUAUCUGUAGUUUAGGGUUUUUUCUGGUUUAUAAAAGGAGGAGGAAAAAUACUGUUUAGUAUAUUAAAAAAAAAAAGUACAAAUCGUGCAAACUUAACCACUUUAAAAGUGAGGUCUACAACAAGUGACCAGAUGUUGCAGCAUCAUGCUUUUUAAUUUUUAGCUUUAACUCAUUUAAAUCUCUAUCCAAAUGCAAAACAUGGCUUGUUUCUACAUAAACCAAAUUUUGCUACAAAUUAUACAUGUUAGUCUUUGUCAUUCAUAGUCUUUUUUUGUGUGCAAAAAGACAAAAACAGAACAAAGUAAGCAAAUAUCCAGGCAUUGCACAGGCCUCAUUGGCCAUCUUCAUGCUGGGUCAGAUACCUUUCCACUCUAUGAUAUUUCUAUAAUGGGCAUAAGACUCCCAUAGUGACAGCAUAUACCUUGCCUCUGAAUUUGGCCACUGAAUUUCAGUUUCAGAUGACAUUUUAUUUCUCUUUCAAUAAAGAGAUACCUUAAAACUUUAUUUUAUAUUAACUAUAUAAGUAGCUUAAAGUGAAGAUGUGUGGAUUUUUUCUUAAACUUGAAUAAUUUAUGCAAAUUAUAUGCUUAGAACAACAUGUGGUACAGUAAAACAAAAGAGAGCAAAAAUCACUGUAGCAAUAACAGCAUGUAAUUUUAGUAACUACUACACUGCUUUAUAUUUUAUACUUAGGUGUUUUAUGUCUUUGUGAACAUAUUACUUUCUCAUGUGUCUAAACAUUAAUGUACAAAUUUGUAGAGUCUAAAAUUACAGCUAUAAUAACACAUCUAGAACAGUGUUAGCCUAUAUUACUCGAGCCACCACUUUGCCACAUCCUGAAAAAAUGAGGGCUGGGUGGGCUUUUACUAUAACAAUUAUUUUUAAAUUGCUUUUGACAUAUUAGUAUCCCCCCAUACACACACACACACACACACACACACACAGAGCAUCUUCUAAGUUUCUCUCUUAGAGAAAGUUCCCAUUAUAGAAGCAAUGUUGCCUCCAAGAAUUUCUACAGAUAUAUUUUAAGACCUACAUGCAUUGAGGAUCAUAGGAAAGGCAGAUAAUUUUUGAAUUAAAGCUCUAGUAAGAAAAUUAAUUCCCCUGUCUGCUUCAACACAGUUAUUACACUUGAAUGAAGUGGUGGUGGUGCAUCUUUCCCUGCUAGAAUAUAAACAAUUGCAUUGUCUUUCACAGAGCACACAUUUCAGCCCUGUUGCUACAUGUAACUGUUCAUGAGGCUUUCUUUUUGGUUUUCAAUUGCUGCAGUUUCCAGAGUCGGUGAGAGCCAAGCCAUGUGAAAUUUUAAAACCCAACUUGCCUGAUCAGGUGUGGAAGCUGCAUCAAGUGAGGGAGCUUUGACCAUGUGUGCAGUUACCUCACACUAUCAUAAAUAGCUUCUUUGGAUUGCAGCCUACGCCUGAAGUUAAGCCAAUGUAAAUUGCCAAACUACCCAUUUUAAAAUGUUUAAAGAGGAACUGCCUUGUGAGCAUUUGGAAUCAGUAGCAAUGUCUGACCCAGAAAUACACCUUUGCCAGUAUAAGAUUUUAGCUAGUGCCUAUUGUUGGGGAUUCAGAGGUAAAGUCAGAAUUUCUGAGGUAUACACACACAAUAGUAUAAAACAUGAGCCUUAAUUGUUGUUACAAAAGCCAAAAUCAUUUUGAGUUUAGUGCCAAAUUUAUUUUAUUAUCUCUUAAAGCCUGGGAUGGGUGGAAGGUGGGAGAAGAUGACAGAAGAACCAAACCAGAAAACAAACUAUUGGCAAGGAAUGUAAUAUGUGAUUUGAGGGAAAGGAGAAAUUAUCACCUAUAUAACAGAGACAUCUUCCUUUGGUGAAAAGAUUAAGCAAGCAUAUGUAACAAAAGUGUGUGUGUGACUGUGUGUGUGUGCAAUGCAUGCGCACAUAGCACCCCAUUAAAAUUCACUCUCUAUAAAGCUUUAUCUGAAUGGAAAUGUUUGAGAUGUUUGUCAAAGUUGAUGGGAGGAGGCAGUAUUUUUAAACUAAUUUGGGCUGCAUAUGUAUGGGGAGAGACUGAAAGAGAGAAGUGUGUGUGUAUGUGUGUUGUUUUAAUAUUGCCUUUGUUAGUCUGUCUCUUACGUUUGUGCAGUUUAGUGGCCUGAUAAACACAAGUCUUAUUUUUAACAGCUUUUCUCUUUGUUUUGUUUUUAUUUUUAAUACAAAAAAAAUCCAUAAA